CAAAAACGAAAUCAAAACAAAAGUUGUGUUUUUCGACCUAAUUAUAAGAAGUUUUUUAAUUAAUUAAUAUUAUUAAUUGUUGACCAUGUCUCUCUUUCCCGCUUAUGGCGGGGACAAACCCUCUUCAGCUUUGGGUGCGAAAGAAACAAAGGAAUCGGAAAAGGUGGCGGGCACAACAAGUGGGGACUGGAAAAAUAACGAGAGUUUCGCUCAAAAAGAUAUAGUGUCAGACUAUAUACCAACUCCUGUACCGAUAGUAGACAGCUCUUCGAGCAGCGAGGACUCCGCGGAUGAAGAAAGCCCCCAAACAACGAACAUCGUUAUUGCAAAAACACUAGAAUUUGAUGCCAACGAUGGGUUUUAUGUGGACAAAAAGAGCAAUAAGGUCUAUUUAACCCUGAAAACCCUAACAAAACCCGCUCGACCACGGUACAAAAUCCGGAUGAGACGUCUGCGGGAUACGGAUUAUAAGCCUCGAGAGUCCAGUCGCUCUUUGUUGUCCUCGAAGAAAGUUCGUUACAGCUGGAAACAGCCACCUGAUCCCAAUUCCUCGAAGGAGGAAAUUGCCAAGCUCCAGGAGCAGCUCAUCCAGACCAAGGUGCUCGUCCAGCGGGAGCCCAAGGUGGUGGAUCACUGGCUGCAGCUCCAUCGCCUUCUGGAUCUCAACCUGGACAAGGCCAAUCGACUGGCGGUGGCGGAGCACCAACUACACUCCUUGGAAUUGGCACUGGAGCACCAUCCCUCCAAUGAAAAGAUUCUGCGGCUCUACACGGAUGUGGCCAAUGCCACUUAUCCGGCCAGUGAGGUCGCUGCCCGCUUUGAGAAAAUGUUGGAGGACAACCCAUACGAGUACGCACUUUGGACCGCUCUGAUCAUGGCCACCCAGGGCAACAUGGCGCGCUGCAGCGUUCCGGCGGUUCUUCAGACCUACGCGUACAGCAUGCGACGAAUGCAAGUGGGUUAUACCGACGAGCAUAUACGCAUAUUUGCCACACACACGGAUCAAAUAAUGCUCAGUCUUUUCCACAACUGCGCCUUGUUCCUCCGGCAAACUGGCAAAAUGAACAUGAUGUUUGCGAUGAUGCGGUUGUGUUUGGAGCUCAAUUUCCCAGACACAACAUUCAGUUGCUUCGAGGCGAAGGCCGCCAGCGAAGGGUUGUUGAUUGAGUACGAGGAGGAGGUGCUGCGCUCCGACAUGCCGAUGUCAAAGAUCUGGACGCGAAUCGAACAACUCCGUCAAGCGUACUGCUACCUACCUUAUCCGCAAUUGAUGCCCUCGGCGGAGGAUGCAGUGGCAGAGGGACUGGAUCCACAGCGCUGCGUCUUUAACGAGGAUGUUAUGCCCUAUGCGCAUGCACUUAAAUCACAGGACAACCGAUUGCACCUGCUGCUUAUUGUUGUCCAGCUAACGAAACUGCCCCUCGUUCGCAGCGCUUGUCUGGCGGCCAAAAUGCAUCCACGCACCGAUGAGUUCGGCGAGUCGGAGGCCAUUGAAACGCUCUUUGCUGAACUUGCGGAUAGGCACUCCUAUGCCUUGCCAACAUCCUAUUCGGCGGCCUUCGAUGCGGCACUGGUGGAUCUGGCCAAGGAGAUGAGCGUGUCGCCCAGCUUCAUGCCGCACUUCCUGGGCCACGAUCUGUACGAGAUGACCAUCAGUGAACUGCUGCUCACGUGCAGCUCAGCGGUCAGGAUGGAGGAAAGCAGGAGGAGGAUAUUCAUGGUCUUGUGGCUGCGAUUCCACCGAUUCCGCGUCGUGUUGCACAGGCUGAUGGGAAAGUUAACUAAGGUGUAUAUAAAGCAAUUGAAAGACAGUUUUCGCAGCCAGAUGCGUUUGCCGGAGAACAGGGAUGUUACGCGAUUCUACACGGAGGUAGCUAUGUUCGAAUUCGAAGCCCUCGAAAGCGAAGCAGACGGUGAGCGGGUAUUCUCCAUAUUCAGCACGAUCUUCCUGGCGGAAGCGCAAAAGGGGCAAUCCUUCAGUUGUCCCGACUUGAUGCACGCCUACUUGGUUUGCGCCGAGAUGCUCAUACGAUUCAAUCGUCGGACCGAGGCAAUCCACUUGCUAUUCUGUUUGUGCGUUCGCCAGCAUACGGAUAAAAUCAGUGUGGAUGCCAUUGGAGUUGAGGAGUGUCUGCGAAGCGCCAACAAGCUGCUGCAGGAGGAGUGCGCCCUCCUCGACACACUGCCAGCUACUAUGACUCUGGAGGAGUACUUCCAACCCAACAAGCUACUCAUUCUGCUGCGUGCGCGCUGUUUGCUCUGCGUGAUGCACCAGAACUAUUUGGAUGGCACCUGCGAGGAUCUGCUGGCGCAUCCACUCACCAUGGAGUGUGCCGAGUCCAGCGAGCGGCGACGCUUCCUGCGGGAGCAGGUGAUGGAGGUGCUGAUUCUGCAAUAUCAGAUGCCGCUACUAGUUGGCACAGCGGAGCAGGAGGGGCGGGCUCCUGUGCAGGCGGCUCUCAACGCGCAACUGGCGGCGUUGGUGGAAUGCGGUCUCAAGGAAUUUCCGCGCAACAUGGUCAUGCUGCAGUGCUUGUCCAAUUUCAGGACUAUGCUGUGGCCGCAGCAGCGAGGCCAUUUUAUUCGCACCCAAGCGGGAAUCGUUUCCCUGUUGCACCUGGUCAUCACUGCCCAAUGUCGCUUCAGGCAUAGUUUGUGGGAAAAUGGGCUUCUUGGCGCCGGCGAUGAAAACGCCGCCGCAGAACAGGCCAUGCGCAAUCGCUUCCUUAGCAUGUUCGAGACCUUCCUGCCCACAAAUCCGAAUCGUUCGGAGAUGGAGAAGGAGCAGUACCGCUUCCUGCGACGCAACUCGCUCUUCUGGCGCCUCUACCUGCGACGCUUGUCCGACACGCGGACAAGUUUCGAGCGCAGCAAAGACUGUUUGCUGGCCGCGAUGGACGAGUGUCCCUGGGACAAGGCUCUGCUGCUCGAGGGGGCAACUUAUGUGCCGCAGGAAUUCACGCACCUGCAGGACGUCAUGACCGAAAAGGAGCUAGGCAUCUACGCCCUGCCCGAAGAACUCGACAUCCUGCGCCAAUGUAUUUGAAAACAAUAGCAAAAUUUAAGUUGUUUAUGUAUAUAUAUAUUUUUUUGUAAAUGUUUGUAAUAGAAAUAUAAAUUAUAAAUCGUAAUUAAA